AUGAGUUUCCUUUUGAUCAACUGUCUUUUGCUGGUUAUAAAAAUGUGCAAUGGUAAAGCUGAUAAUUGUUCCAGUGAAAACAACCAGUUUCCGUGUUGUGCGAACUUUUAUUGGGACGAAGGAGAAUGCAAAGAAUGUCUACCGGGAUAUUUUGGAAUGAAUUGUCAGUCACGCUGUUUUUACCCUACCUUUGGCAAACUUUGUAUGAAUACCUGUGGCUGCAAUAUCUCGGACUGUGACCACGUCAGUGGAUGUCAAGGAAAUGGUACAGAGAUUCAGAUAACAGCAGUGAACACGAGGUCAUGGGUAUCUUUGUCCGUCAACCCGAAUUUCCCAUGGAGCUACAGUUCUGCAGCUACACCAGACUACUCAACAGAAAAAGAGGAACUAUACAAUGACCGAGGUUUGAAAACCAGAAAUUUAAAAAUGCCAAUUAUAAUUGUUGGUUGCGUCGUUUUACUCUUAAUACUCGUAAAUGGAAUAAAAUGGAUCUCUAAGCCAGUUAAAAAAGCUCAUAUUAUUACAAAUACAAUGGAAGAUAAUGACCUUCCAUCCAUAUAUACGGAAAUUGAUGAAAGAUCUGAACAAGAGUAUGAGUCCAACACAAUGCGCACAAAUGUCACAUCAACAUCUUUCACGUCUUUGAAUGGAAUAGAAACCAGACGACCGCAACUUCCGGCCAGGAAUACCCAAUUAAACUUCUGUUAA